AUGUUGUUGUUGCACCUCCCUUUGUUUAUGUCGAUCUGGUAAAGAACUCAUUGACAGAUCGGAUUGAGAUAUCUGCUCAAAAUUCUUGGAUCGGAAAAGGUGGGGCUUUCACAGGAGAAAUCAGUGUGGAACAAUUGACGGAUAUUGGUUGCAAGUGGGUUAUUCUUGGACAUUCUGAGCGGAGACAUGUUAUUGGAGAAGAUGAUCAGUUUAUAGGAAAGAAAGCUGCUUAUGCCUUGAGCCAGGGUCUCGGAGUGAUAGCCUGCAUUGGUGAACUGCUAAACGAGAGAGAAGAAGGAAAGACAUUUGAUGUUUGUUUUCAGCAAAUGAAGGCUUUUGCAGAUGCUGUGCCCAGUUGGGAUAAUGUAGUAAUUGCUUAUGAGCCUGUAUGGGCAAUUGGAACUGGUAAAGUGGCAACACCCCAGCAAGCUCAGGAAGUACAUGUAGCUGUUCGUGAUUGGCUCAAAAAGAAUGUUUCAGCUGAAGUUGCUUCUAAGACACGUAUAAUCUAUGGAGGAUCUGUAAAUGGUGGCAACUGCGCUGAGCUUGCGAAACAAGAAGAUAUUGACGGAUUUCUUGUAGGUGGUGCUUCCUUAAAGGGUCCUGAGUUUGCAACCAUUGUCAAUUCGGUAACUUCCAAGAAGGUAGCUGCUUGAUCAUUCAUGGUGACUUUGGCAACUGGGCAAAUAAAUGGCUUAAGGAGUCACGUGAAAACUUAUGAGCUAAUUCAGUUUGGUGGGAUUUUGAUAGUUUUUCCAUUUUUCCCCUGCCAUGAAUAUUUAAAAAAAUAAAAAAUAAAAAAGGACAAGAAACGUGGCUUUCAUUUGAUUGCUUGAUCUGUUUGAACAAGAAAGAUUGAAGAUAUAGAAUAAUUGUCAACUUAGUGGCAUAUAUGUUGAGUUGUGUUGCUUUGCUUAUUCCUCAUUAGAAUAAGACAACUAGACACCACAUGUUUUUAGCAUC